CACGCUCAGGUGAUCUAGCAAAGAUGGGCGGAGGUAACGCUCAGAAAUCCGCGAUGGCUCGCAAGAAGGCGCAGGAGAAGGCGGCCAAAGAAGGCAAAGGCAGCCAGCUCAAGCAGAACGCCGCCGCGCAGAGCAUCCAGUGCAAGGUGUGCAUGGCGACGUUCAUCUGCACCACUGCCGAGGUCAAGCUCAAGGAGCACGCCGACAACAAGCACCCCAAGAACGACUUCCACCAAUGUUUUCCCCACUUGAAGGCGUGAGCUGCAAGACCUGCAGUCGAUACACACGCGCUCUGAGACAAGAGAAGAGUCGGGCGGUCGGGAGUGAUCGCGUUCGACGUAGCAGGCCCCGGGGGAGUAUUACUCUCGGGGACGAGUUAGAGACGGGCGUUUGUAAAGCAGCUGAGACGUAGGCGA